CUCAUGGAAGUGUGAACUGAGGGCCAAUGGUGAACGAUUUCUCAGAUGAUGUUUUCCUUCCCCUCCUGUGUUCACAGAUAUAAACUCCACAAUCUCCACUUUCCUGUCAAACUGUGACGAUCACCAGCUCUUACAGUUGAUGAGAUUCUACCGGGACCGACUGGAGCAGGCGAUUGAAGAGGUUGUGGAUGGAGUUGGCUUGAAGCUAACUGGCGCGGAUCACUUCACUGGGCGAGAGUAUCAUAGUGUGACUGAACUCGCAGAGAAGGGAAACCAAGCAGCCGGCUCCAAACUGCUCCUGAAUCUGGUGAUGGAGAAGGGUUCUGGGGCACGAAGAGUGAUGUGGGAAUUCCUUGCGGAAAUACAUCAAACACUACCGAAACUGAGCAGAUUAUUGAAAGAGAUACUGGCUCAAGGUCAAGACCAGUUCACCUACAUGGACACGGUGCAGGGUUUAUCUGAAGUGCCCACUCACCUGAAAGAUGUUCAACGGCAACACAAGGAGACUCUGCGGGAACAGACUGAAACACUGAGCACAGGGAACACCAUCCUGAUGAUGGAGAAGGUUAAGAAUUUCCUGCUGCUUGAUCGAUACGCUGAGCUCACAAUCAUCUCCACCGUUCGAGAUCGGACACAAGUGGAACAUGAGCUGCUGGCAAGAGGUCGGGACCAUGAGGAAUGGCAAGAGAAACAUCUGCGGAGAGAACUGGAAAAAAUACGAAUUGAUCAAUUGUUCCAGAAAAGUUUCCUCAAGAAAAUUCUGAGAUUUUGGUCUGUGCACAAAGCUGGGAGUUCAGCAGCCGUGGCUGGCGUCCCGGGGAUCGGAAAAACAACAAUGGUGCAGAAGAUUGUUCAUGACUGGGCAAUGGGGAAAAUAUACCCACGCUUCCAGUUUGUCUUCAGUUUCAAAUUCCGGGAUUUAAACACAAUUGACUGCAGUAUAAACCUGAGGCAACUAAUUCUGCAUCAGUAUCCAUACUUUGGGAAUAUGCUAGGAGAAGUCUGGAAGAACCCAGAGGGAUUGCUGUUUAUAUUCGACGGUCUGGAUGAAUUCAAGGGCAGAAUUGAUUUUGCUGACAGUCGGAGAGACACAGAACCUAAGCACCAGUGCCCAGAUCCUGAAUCCCGGUCUCGGGUCCUGGAGGAGUUUCUGGGUCCAUUUCCUAAUGAAACAAUCUGCCGAGUGAUUGACUGGGUGAAGGAGGAGGUUAAACGCCAGGCUGGAAACACAGAGAGUGAAGCUGAUAAACGGAGGCUCCUGAACACGCUGCACUACCUGUUUGAGUCUGAGAAUCCUGGACUGGUUCUGUGA